CAAACCAAACGCGCCAAGACCAAGACCAAGACUACAAAUCCAAUCCAACUCCUCCCUCUCUUUCUCUCUAAUGUGAACCAAGAAAGACAAUUGCUCAUACAUCGAGCUUUGCAAAGGGUUCAUGUUCGCGUAGGUAGAAAGAUCCUCUGCCCGUGUUUCAGUUCUGUCUCUUUCACUCUGUUCACUAUAACAAUUAACAAGAGACUUCGACUAUUGUUUUGUUUUGUAUAUAUACUUUUUUUGCAUUCUCAUUCUCCCUAGAUUUUUCCAUUUUUCUGUUCUCUGUUGCAGUUUCUAUCCAUUCUUCACUCCUUUCACCUUCAAAUUCGAUCUGGGUUUGUCUUUUUGUAGGAGUUUCUAUCCAAUUUAACAACUGGGUUUUCAUUCCUGUGCUUCAUUCACUAUAUAACUCCAUCAUUUUCUGUAAAGAUUUUCACUCUACCCGAGUUUCUGUCAUUUCCUCUUGUUUUCUCUGGUUAAGCUUUUUGAGAUCUUCUUUUUGCUCUUUUUGUCUUCAAAUUAGCAUUUUUACAACUUCUAUCACAUACCCAAUUUGAGAACAGAGCCUUUGAGUUCUGUUUUUAUAGAUUUCAUUAAGAAAUGAAGUGCUUCUUACCCUUCAAAUCCAUGAAGCAAAAGGAGUCAACAUCAGCUCCGGAUUUGAGAAACAAUAGCGACUCCUUAGCUCUGGUAUUAGACCGUGCCGCGAAAUCUCUACCUUCACCAAGAAGCAUACCGGAAUUGUACAAAGAGAAGGAGAAGAAUUUGACAGUUUUCCCACUCCAAGAGCUCAGGGAUUCAACCAGUGGCUUCAGCAGGUUGCAAAAGCUUGGUGAAGGAGGCUUUGGGAGUGUGUAUAAAGGAAUGAUGAAGCCCAAAAAUGGCAAGGAUAGUCCAAUGUUGGUUGCCAUCAAAAGAUUGAAUCCACAUAGCUUACAGGGUCAUAAAGAAUGGCUUGCAGAGGUUCAGUUUCUUGGUGUGGUAAGUCACCCAAAUCUAGUAAAGCUUCUAGGAUAUUGCUCUGUAGAUGGAGAAAGAGGGAUCCAACGGCUAUUGGUAUAUGAAUAUAUGCCAAAUGGGAGUUUAGAAGAUCAUCUUUUCAACAGGGCAUUGAAACCUCUUCCUUGGAUAACGAGGUUACAAAUAAUGCUUGGUGCUGCUCAAGGAUUGGCUUAUCUACAUGAGGGACUAGAAGUCCAGGUGAUAUAUCGAGAUUUCAAAUCAUCCAAUGUGCUCUUGAAUGAGAACUUUAAGCCGAAGCUAUCAGACUUUGGGCUUGCUAGAGAAGGGCCAAAGGGUGACCGCACCCAUGUAUCAACAGCGGUGGUAGGGACUUACGGAUAUGCUGCUCCAGAGUAUAUGGAAACAGGCCAUCUUUCCAUCCAUAGUGACCUAUGGAGUUUUGGUGUGGUGUUGUAUGAGAUCCUCACUGGGAGGCGUGUCUUAGAAAGAAACCGACCACCAGCGGAGCAGAAGCUUCUUUAUUGGGUUAGGCAGUACCCUGCAGAUAGUAAUAAGUUCAGUAUGAUAAUAGAUCCACUCCUGAGAGACCAAUAUUCUAUUGUUGCAGCUCGGAAAGUCGCCAAGUUGGCAGAUAGUUGCCUGAACAAGAACGCAAAAGACCGGCCAACAAUGAAUCAGGUAGUAGAGAUAUUGAAGCAAGCUAUACAAGAUUCACAAAAGGGUAGCAACUCUGUAAAUAACAGUUUUGGGGCAUCUGGGUCUAAAUUGGUUAAAACAAACCCCAAGUCGAGGUGAGAUAUAAAAGAGAAGCCUGUGAGCAAACAAAAUAUUAUUAAUUGUGUUACUCCGACUGUUCUAUUAGAUUUGUUAAAACGGGUUGUAUGUUAAGUAGGAAAUGAGAAUAUUUGUAAAAAUUCAAAGUUUCAGAAUUCAGAAAUGUCAGCCUCUGUUUUUACACCAUUCAUAUGAACCUAGGUUAGGGGUUUUGGUCCAACAUGAGGGUGUUUUGAUCUACUGGGGAGGGUGUGUGUACCACUUGAGGGGGUUCAAGUAAAGAUUGGACGGUAAUUUUUUAUAUAUUUUUUUAUUUCGAAGAUUGAAGCCAUGAAAGUCUUGAAUGAACCUAAUUGAUACUUCAUCUUAAUAGAGUCUGGAAAUCCUUGGAGAUACAAAGCAUGUUUGUUUACUCACUAGCGAUGCACCAACACUUGAAAUAAAAUUUUCAC